CCAGCCGCCACCAUCCAGCCUACCAACCAAGCCAGGCCUACCAUCCAGCGCAGCCUGCCAGCCCACCAUUCCAGCCCACCAAAACAUCCAAGCCAGCCAGCCCACCAUCCAGCCCUACCCAACCAUCCAGCCAGCCCACCCAUCGCAGCCAGCCCACAUCCAGCCAACCACCAGCCACCAUCAUCCCGGCCACCAUCCAGCCCACCAGCCAACCACCAUCCAGCCCACCAGCCAGUCCACCAUCAGCCUGCCAGCCCACCAUCCAGGCCUGCCAGCCCCACCAUCCAGGCCUGCCAGCCCACCAUCCAGCCCUGCCAAGCCCACCAUCCAGCCUUACCAACCAUCCAGCCAGCCACCAUUCAGCCAGCCCACCAUCCAGCCAGCCCACCAUCCAGCCAGCCACCAUCCAGCCCACCAUCCAGCCAGCCCACCAUCCAGCCAGCCCACCAUUCCAGCCAGCUUCACCAUCCAGGCAGCCACAGCCAGCCCACCAUUCAGCCAGCCCACCCAUCCAGCCAGGCCACCAUCCAGGCCAGGCCCACCAUCCAAGCCAGCCACCAUCCAGCCAGCCCACCAUGCCAGCCAGCCCCCACAGUCAGCAGCCCACCAUCCAGCCAGCCCCACCAUCCAGCCAGCUCACCAUCCAGGCAGCCCCACCAGCCAGCCCCCACCAUCAGUCCACAGCCCACCAUCCAGCCAGGCCACCAUCCAGCCAGCCCACCAUCCAGGCCCACCAUCCAGCCAGCCCACCAUCCAGCCAGGCCCACCAUCCAGCCAGCUCAACCAUCCAGGCAGCCCACCAGCCAAGCCACCAUCCAGCCAGCCCACCAUCCGCCAGCCAGCCCACCAUCAGCCCAGCCCACCAUUCCAGCCAGCCCACCAUCCAGCCCAGCCAUCCAGCCCACCAAUCCAGCCAGCCCACAUCCAGGCCAGCCCACCAUCCAGCAGCCCACCAUCCGCCAGCCACAAUCCAGCCCACCAUCCAGCCAGCCACCAUUCCAGACCCACCACCCAGGCCCACCAUCCAGCCAGCCCAUCCAGCCCACCAUCAGUCAGCCCCACCUUCCAGCCCCACCAUCCAGCCUCAUCAUCCAGCCAGCCAGCCAUCCAGCCCACCAUCCAGCAGGCCCACCAUCCAGCUCACCAUUCAGCCAGCCCACCAAUCCAGCCAGCCACCAUCCAGCUCAUCAUCCAGCCAUCCAGCUGCCAGCCGUUCCAGUCAGCUCACCAUCCAGUCAGCUCAACAUCCGCCAGCUCACCAUCCAGCCAGCCAUCCAGCCUACCCAAUUCCAGCCAGCUCACCAUCCAGCCAGCUCACCAUCCAGCCAGCCCACCAUCCAUCCAGGCCCACAUCUCAGCCAGCUCACCAUCCAGCAGCCCAACAUCCAGCCCACCAUCCAGCGGAGUCCACCAGCCAACCCACCAUCCAGCCAGCCCACCACAUUCCACGAGCCCACCAUUCCAGCCAGCCCACCAUCCAGCCAGCCCACCAUCCAGCCCAACAUCCAGCAGCCCACCAGUCAGCAAGCCCACCAUCAUCCCAGCGAGCCCACCAUCCAGCCAGCCCACCAGCAGCCACCAGCCAGCCCACCAUCCAGCCAGCCACCAUCCAGUCAGUCACCAUCCAGCCAGCUCACCAUCCAGCCAGCUCACCCAUCCAGCCCCACCAUCCAGCCAGCUCACCAUCCAGCCAGCUCCACCAUUCCAGCCCACCAUCCAUCCAGCCCACCAUCCAGCCAGCUCACCAUCCAGGCAGCCCACCAUCCAGCCACCAUCCAGCCCACCAUCCAGCGAGCCCACCAUCCAGUCCACCAGCCAGCGAGCCCCACCAUCCAGCGAGCCCACCAUCUCAGCCAAGCCCCCACCAUCCAGCCCAACAUCCAGCCAGCCCACCACUCCAUGCCAGCGAGCCCACCAUCAGCAGCCCACCAGCCAGCCACCAUUCCAGCGAAGCCACCAUCCAUUCAGCCCACCAUCCAGCGAGCCACCAUCCAUCCGCCCACCAAUCCAUCCAAGCCCAACAUCCAUCCCACCAUCCAGCCAGGCCCACCUUCCAUCCAGCGAGCCCACCAUCCCAGCCAGCCCCAUCCAGCCAGCCCACCAUCCAGCCAGCCCACCAUCAGCAGUCCCACACACGAGCACCACAGCGGCCCACCAAUCCACACCCACCAUCCAGCCAGCCCCAACAUCCAGCCAGCCCACCAUCCAGCCAGCCCCAGAACCAGCCAGCCCAUCCACCGCCACCCACCACCACCAUCCAGCCAGCCAACCAUCGCAGGCCCACCAUCCAGUCCAGGCCCCACCACCCACCACCGCCCACCACCAGCCCACCAUCCAUGCCACCCACCAUCCAGCCAACAUCCAGCGAGCCCACCAUCCAAGCCAGCCCACCAUCCAGCCAGCCCCCACCAUCCAGCCCACCAUCCAGCCAGCAGCCAUUCCACCACCAUCAGCCAGACCAG